UCCUUCUCCUUUCAAAUCCAAAACUCCUCAGAAUGUUCAAACACCAAUCCAAACACCAGAAGUUCUUGAAUCAGACCAACCUUCCCCCACACCUAUCAAAUUGAUCAUAUCUCCUUUUAAAAAAAAUGCUCAAAUCACUUGUUCAACAAUGGACAUUCGUCCAUUGUUGAAGGGCAGAUUUUAGCAAUAGCAAUGAUGAUAAAGAUUUUGUACAAAAAUUUAAGAAAAAUGAUGUGAAAUAUGGGAGGCUGAAUAGGAAGUUUAAAAAAUUGCUAGUAUUUGAAAAGAAGAAAAACAAAAAUAAAAUUGAAGAUAAAUCAUCAAAUUUCUCCAGGCUAUGUAGUAUUUCUAAAACUCCAGCCCAAAUUAAUCAAAAAGACAGUGCUCUCAAGCAGAUCAAUAUCCAGUCUUCAAAAACAAGAAACAAGGUUGUUUUCAAACCAUCACGAAAAACUAUGUUCAAUGUUUCUUCAAGAAAAGGCAUGAUUAAAAAAACAAUGAAACUUAAAUAAUAGUAAAACAAGAGCAAAUACUAAAAUAAAAAUCUUAAAGCUAGGUGUUAAAGAAAAGAAAGGACCCAAGAAACCUUCUACGUUGAAGCUGAAGCUAUCGGCUCGAGAGAAUUACCUACAAGCUAACCGAAAUAGCCUCGUUAAAAACCGUGAAAAUACUCAAAGGAAAUAGAGAGAAACCUCACACAGGUAAUCGCCAGGAUUUACAAGUAGCCACCAUUGUAAAAUGGUUGUUCAAAGACUAUCAGAAAAAGCAAGAGGGAUUAGAAGGAACUCUGACUCCUUUGAGUUCACAGAUGCUGAUUUUCAAAAAUUAAACCCAACCCUAUUCAAAAAGUGGAAGACCUGAAUUAAAGAGAGCGAGAAGCUCAGGUCUCGGUCUCAUAUCUACAAAUAUCUAUCAGGAGAUUAUAUGAAAUCUUUUACCACUGGACUUCAAUAUGACGUGAAGGUAGCACACAACCAGACUAAACAUGAAGCUUGAUUGGACUUCUUGUCUUCAAAGUUUAGGAUGUUAGAGAAAGACUUCACCAAAUCAAGAGACAGACUGGGGAAUGUGUCUAUUGAACAUUCUCAUGAUACGAUUUAGGUAUUAGUAGAUGAACAUUUUCAAUUA